GUGGUGGUGUACCACCAACCUGGACCUCGGCUCUUGGGGUAUGUAGAGGCUGGGAACCGACUCCCUCUCGAACUCUUCUUGCUAAGUUUGUACUCCUAAGACUAUAGUGGCUGCUGUACCUCCUACCAGUCAAACCGCCAUAGCGUCGUCAAAUCUUCAUGGAAUUUUAUGAUUUAACUUGCUGCUGAUAGGCGACAGCAACGUGCUUCAGAUCCAAUUUACAGAUCACCGUUUGAGGAACAUAUUAGAUCGCCAUCAAGUUUUGAAGCUGUCUGACCGAAUUCUGACUGUCCUGAAUAUCUCUCAUUUUAGGCACAUCUGAGCCUAUUGUGAUUAUAACAAGUGGUAUCAGAGCCCCUUGGAGCCGUCUCGACCAUGCCUAGGCCUGAGGAAGGGGGUGGCAGAGGUGUUGGAGGCAGAGAAGACGCCCAAGCACAAGGUCAACACCAAGAUCCACCCGCUGCUCCGGUGCAACCUAGCCUUGGACCCUCUAGGGAUGAGCCUAGAGUGUUUGGCCUUGACAAGUUCAACGGUGACAACUUUGCUGAGUGGUCCUUCAAGAUGGAGAAUAUCUUUGACCACUAUGAUCUGCUGGAGGUGAUGGAAGGAACGGAGAAGCGCCCCGAGAACGACCCGGAGAAGAGCCCGUGGAUCUGCCCCGUCUCUCACUCGAAGAUGUGAAGCGGGAAAUCUUACAAGAAGAUUUCCGCCAUCGCGAAUUGGCGGGUCCCGAUGGUGCCGGAGUUGCAAGCAUGGGCCGUGGGCACGGCCGUGGAAGAGGCAGAGGGCGAGGAGGAAGAUUUGGCAGCAGUAACUU